AUGUUCCCCCGCCCGCUGACCCCGCUGGCGGCCUCAAAUGGCGCUGAGCCCCUGGGCCGGGCGCUGAGGCGGGCCGCACUCGGCAGGGCUCGGGCCGGGCUUGGGGGGCCGCCCCUGCUACUGCCGUCCAUGCUGAUGUUCGCGGUGAUCGUGGCCUCUAGCGGGCUGCUGCUCAUGAUCGAGCGGGGCAUCCUGGCCGAGAUGAAGCCCCUUCCCCUGCACCCUCCCAGCCGCGAUGGCACGGCCUGGCGCGGGACGAUCCCCGAGUCUGGGGGGCUGACCGUGGGCGUCGGGGACUCGGACUUGCAAGUGCGGCAGGAUGUCCGGAACCGCACCUUGCGGGCGGUGUGUGGACAGCCGGGCAUGCCCCGGGACCCCUGGGACCUGCCAGUGGGGCAGCGGCGCACCCUGCUGCGCCACAUCCUCGUGAGUGACCGCUACCGCUUCCUCUACUGCUACGUCCCCAAGGUGGCCUGCUCCAACUGGAAGCGGGUGUUGAAGGUGCUGGCGGGUGUCCUAGACAGUGUGGACGUCCGCCUCAAGAUGGACCACCGCAGUGACCUGGUGUUCCUGGCAGACCUAAGGCCUGAGGAGAUCCGUUACCGUCUUCAGCACUACUUCAAGUUCCUGUUUGUGCGGGACCCCUUGGAACGCCUCCUCUCUGCUUACCGCAAUAAAUUUGGUGAGAUCAGAGAGUACCAACAGCGCUAUGGGGCUGAAAUUGUGAAGCGUUACAGGGCUGGAGCUGGGCCUAGCCCUGCAGGAGACGAUGUCACUUUCCCAGAGUUCCUGCGAUACCUGGUGGAUGAAGACCCUGAGCGCAUGAACGAGCACUGGAUGCCCGUGUACCACCUGUGCCAGCCUUGUGCAGUGCGCUACGAUUUUGUGGGCUCUUAUGAAAGGCUGGAGGCUGAUGCCAACCAGGUGCUGGAGUGGGUGCGGGCACCACCCCAUAUCCGAUUCCCCACCCGCCAGGCCUGGUACCGGCCAGCCAGCCCUGAGAGCCUGCACUACCAUUUGUGCAGUGCCCCACGAGCUCUGCUGCAGGACGUGCUGCCUAAGUAUAUCCUGGACUUCUCUCUCUUUGCCUACCCACUGCCCAAUAUCACCAGGGAGGCGUGUCACCAGUGA